UCAAGGAAUUUGCUGUAUAUUCCUUCCUCCGUGUAUCGUGUAUUUAUGGUUUUCUUUUCUACUUAUAUAUAUUUAUACACCAAUAAGUCGCCACAUUUCCUGGUUUCUCUCUUCCUUAACCGCGUACGUAAUCUUCAAAACUCCUCCAAAACCCACCUCCUUCCUUCCUUCCUUCUUUCCCACAUCACCGCCAUGGAAGGAUCAUCUUCCAAUAUCAUUGAAGAAUUAGAAGAAGAUGAUUUCGUUAAUCACCUUCCUCCAGGAUACAGAUUCCAUCCAACCGACGAUGAAAUCAUCAACUAUUAUCUCACUCACAAAAUCACCAACCCUUCUUUCAUCGCAAGAGCUAUAGCUGAAGUUGAUCUCAACAAGUGCGAGCCUUGGGAUUUGCCCGAAAAAGCCAAGAUGGGUGAGAAGGAAUGGUAUUUCUUUUGCCAAAGGGAUAGAAAAUAUCCGACUGGGAUGAGGACUAAUAGAGCGACCGAAGCUGGUUAUUGGAAGGCCACCGGCAAAGAUAAGGAGAUUUAUAAUGAAAACAAAGAGGGCAAUAGUAAUAUUGGAAUGAAGAAAACCCUUGUUUUCUAUCAAGGAAGAGCUCCCAAAGGAGCAAAGACCAAUUGGGUCAUGCAUGAGUAUAGACUUGAGACCAAAUUAUAUCAUCAUGAUCAUCACAAGCCCCACAAGGAGGAAUGGGUGAUUUGUAGGGUCUUCUACAAGAGAACAUUAAUAGGUAAAAGCCCUUACUUAACUUCUAGUCAAGACGAAGAUGAUCAUAAAGUCAAUUUUAACGAUGUAUUAUUGGAUUUUCCAACCCUACCUCCUCUUGUUAAUCCUAACAAGGAGUCGACAAACAACGAAAACCUUAAUAUCUUCGGCAAUACAUCUAGCUUCGCAGGCAUCGAUCAUUCUCCUCUUUCCAUGGACCACUUAAUGUUCAAUCAACACCAAUUGAACCAAUAUCAGCUACCAAUUACACCCGAUCCAGUACUGUUUCACGAUGCCUAUGAAUCAUCACGAUUAACGAUACGAUCGGGUCAUCUAGCAGCAGCUCGAUCUAGCUUGACUUAUGUAGGUGACAUUAACGUCAAGAGAGAAAGUACAUCAUUGUAUAAUGGUAUUAACUACAACAACGAUUCAUUGGCGGUCAGUGGUACGAUUUCAGAUUUAGAGUUGGACAUGUUAUGGAACUCAUCCAAUUAUUAGCUAGUACCAAAAGAUGAAUUUCUAGCUAGUGGUUUGAGUGGGUUAUGAAAUAUUAAUGGUUGAUAAUUAGAUUAAUAUAAUUAGAAUACCAUAUUGUAGAUACAUUGUAAUAACUAUCAUUCAUUUUUAGUUGUAAUAUUGAUACAAUUAUUAUGCAAACCUAAUGUGUUUAAGAU